AUGGUAUCACCAAUAAGUAAUAGCCUACAAAUAACGCCUUCACUUGCUAAGGUAAUGCUUCAUGCAUAUGAAUGGAAUGCUCAAGAGAUUAUCAAUAAAUACAAGGAGAAUGCCAAUGAAGUAUUGACUUACAGCCAUGUCAAGCCAAGAGUGCCCUUAGUUCAGAGCAAUUCCAGUCGAACAGCAUGUGCUGUUUGUGCUAAUACACCACCUAUUCAUAAAUAUAGUGCAUUAGCCUGUGGUCAUUACUUUUGUAAUAAAUGUUGGGCAAUGCAUUUUGAAGUACAAAUAUUGCAAGGUGUUUCAAACACUAUACAGUGCAUGGCCCCGGACUGUGAGGUUAUAGCCCCAGAAGACUUUGUUUUGUCACAUGUUACAAAACCAGCUAUGAGGGAGCGAUAUCAACAAUUCAUGUUUAAGGAUCAUGUUAAAUCUCACCCUCAAUUAAGAUUUUGUCCUAGUCCUGAUUGUCAGUGGAUUUAUCAAGCAUGGGUUCGAGAAGGUGCCCGUCGUGUGGAAUGCUUAGGAUGUGAAACCCUGACCUGUUUCUCUUGUGGGGCACCCCAUCAUGCACCUACUGACUGUGCGACCAUACGAAGAUGGCUAACUAAAUGUGCUGAUGAUUCAGAGACAGCCAACUACAUAAGUGCUCAUACAAAGGACUGUCCAAAAUGUCAAAUAUGUAUUGAAAAGAAUGGAGGCUGCAACCAUAUGCGAUGUGGAGCAUGCAAAUAUGAUUUUUGUUGGGUUUGCCUUGGCGACUGGAAAUGUCAUGGCUCUGAAUACUACGAGUGCAGUCGAUAUAGAGAAGAUCCUAAUUUAGUAAAUGACAACCAACAUGCUCAGGCUAGGGAGGCAUUAAAAAAAUAUUUACAUUAUUACGAGCGGUGGGAAAACCAUGCGCGCUCUCUAAAACUUGAAGAACAGACAUUAGCCAAUUUAAAAAGUCGAAUUAACCAAAAGGUUAUGGCUGGCGAGGGGACUUGGAUUGACUGGCAAUAUCUCUGGGACGCAGCACGUUUAUUAAAGCGCUGUCGCUAUACACUUCAAUAUACCUACCCUUUUGCAUAUUAUUUGGAAAUUGGACCACGAAAAGAACUUUUCGAAUACCAACAGGCUCAGUUGGAAGCAGAAAUAGAAAAUCUCUCAUGGAAAGUUGAAAGAGCAGAAACGACGGACCGCGGUGACCUAGAAAAUCAAAUGGAUAUCGCUGAAAAACGCCGAACGACGUUGCUCAAAGACUUCUUAGAAUUUCAUACCGAUAACGCCUCCAGUAGUAAAGUU